AUGAACUCUUGCAGCCCUCUUAUGGACAUCCAUGAAGCAGAAGCCGUGUCCAUGACUAUCCUUCAUCCCCCAACCGUCCCUCCAGCAUCAUGUCAGCAUCGUAGGCGAUCAUUUAAUCAUAUCCUAUCUCAUCAUCAUAGGCUAUCAUAUCCUCAGCAUCAGGCUAUCAAUAUCUCAGCAUCACAGGCUCAGCAUCAGAUCAUAGGCGACUCAGCAUCAUGUCAGCAUCAUAGGCUAUCAUAUCCUCAGCAUCAGGCAUAUCCUCAGCAUCAGCAUAUCCUCAGCAUCAUGUCAGCAUCAGCAUCCUCGCGCAGCAUCAUGUCAGCUCAUCAUAUCCUCAGCAUCCAGCAUCGUAGCGCCUCAGCAUCAGCAUCAAGGGCCAAUCAAUCAUAUCAGCAUCCUCGUAGGCUCUCAUAUCCUCAGCAUCAUGUUCAUAGGGCAUCGCUAUCAUAUCCUCAGCAUCAUAGGCUAUUAUCAGCAUGUCAGGCUUCAUAUCCUCAGCAUCAGCAUCAUAGGCUCUCAUAUCCUCAGCAUCAUGUCAGCAUCGUAGGCGAUCAUAUCCUCAGCAUCAUGUCAUAG